AAUAAAAAAAACUUUACCGAGCGCAAAGUUGAUUGCAUGUUUCUCACUGAAACAUGUCUGUCAUCCAACUAGUGCCGCUCUUAUUGAAGCCUCCCCCUGGACUACAGCUUUUCAUACUCGAUCGGAAAACGGGUACUAAUACUCUCAGCUGUAAGGAUAUUUUGUCUGGCAACUUUAGGUAUUUUGAGCAUCAUGCUAUACUGUUUAAAUGUCAGCUACCAGUGCUGGCUAUAACCCUGUAUAGGACAACAAAGUACUGCCCCACUUUCUUUACUGGUUUCUCUGAACUAUUGUAUGUUGUCCUUGAGAACUAUGAUAAAAUCAUUGUGUUGGGCGAUUUUAAUAUUCAUGUUGACAGACUGACUCCAAGGCCAUUGAAUUGAUUAAUAUUUUUUGCUCUAUGGACUUUAUCCAAAAUGUUACUGGGCCCAGCCAUAACUACAGCCAUACUCUGGACCUGGUUAUUACCAAGGGGCUUUCUAUUGGGCCCAGCCAUAACUACAGCCAUACUCUGGACCUGGUUAUUACCAAGGGGCUUUCUACUGGGCCCAGCCAUAACUACAGCCAUACUCUGGACCUGGUUAUUACCAAGGCUCUUUCUAUUGGGCCCAGCCAUAACCACAGUCAUACUCUGGACCUGGUCAUUACCAAGGGUCUUUCUAUUGACAUAUCCUCUAUUGUUGAUGUUGCUUUAUCUGAUCAACACUGUAUUUGUUACUACAGUUCACAGAAUUGUCCAUUUAAUUUUUUGGGGCCAAUUUAUUCAUUACUACAUGUAGCUAAAAUUUAUAUAGUUAAUCCAGAGAUUUUGUUUAACCUUUGCCUCCGUUCGGCAGUCUCGUCCAGAUUAUCAUGGCAUUUUUAGUUCUUUUUGACAGCCACUUUAGCAUCUAAUUUUUGGGGGGUAAAUAGAGGCAAAUAUAUUGAUAAAAGUCACGUUGUGCUUGACGGAUUUAAAAUGAAAUGAAACACAGUGGGCAGAGCCAAGCAAGGAGGUGGGCAGAGCCAAGCAAGGAGGUGGGCAGAGCCAAGCAAGGAGGUGGGCAGAGCCAAGCAAGGAGGUGGGCAGAGCCAAGCAAGGAGGAAGUGGCUAUAACAGGAAGUGAUAACAGGAAGUGACUAGCUGAGCAUGGAGUACACCACCGCCACCACCUCGACUGGGGAGCAGAUAGUUGUGCAGACAUCCAAUGGACAGAUACAACAACAGGUCCAGGGUCAGCCGCUGAUGGUGCAGGUGAGCGGAGGGCAGUUGAUCACGUCGUCAGGGCAACCCAUCAUGGUGCAGGCUAUGGGUGGGGGACAGGGACAGACCAUCAUGCAAGUGCCUGUGUCUGGAGGACAGGGACUACAACAGAUCCAGCUGCAGGGUGGACAGCAGAUCCAGCUGCAGAACGGCCAGACGAUCCAUCUAGGGGGACAGCAGAUCCAGCUGCAGGGCGGACAGAUGUUACAGCUCGGGGGACAGCAGGGUCAAACCCAACAGAUCAUCAUCCAACAGCCACAACAAGCCAUCACAGCCGGACAGAACCAGGGCCAGCAGAUCCAGUUGCAGCAGGGCCAGCAGCUGGCGCAGACGGCUGACGGACAGACCAUCGUCUACCAGCCGGUCAACGCAGACGGCACCGUCCUGCAACAGGGAAUGAUCACCAUCCCAGCAGGCAGUCUGACGGGGGCCCAGAUGGUACAGACAGGGGGCGCCAACACCACCACUACCAACAGUGGACAGCAGGGCACCGUGACCGUCACCCUGCCAGUCUCAGGCAACAUGAUGAACACCGGUGGCAUGGUCAUGAUGAUGCCUAGUGGAGGUGCAGUGCCUGCUAUGCAGCGUAUCCCUCUACCCGGGGCUGAGAUGUUAGAGGAGGAACCUCUGUACGUCAACGCUAAACAGUACCAUCGCAUCCUGAAGAGAAGACAGGCCCGCGCCAAGCUGGAGGCUGAGGGCAAGAUCCCUAAAGAGAGGAGGAAAUACCUGCACGAGUCCCGUCACCGUCACGCCAUGCAGCGCAAGAGGGGAGACGGAGGACGCUUCUUCUCUCCCAAGGAGAGGGAGGAGAUGGCCCUGGCCCUGCAACAGGCAGAGCUGGCCGCCCAGGCAGGAGAAGACGAUGUAGCUCAGAUGGUCCGAGUUUCUUAGCACCUACAACCCCCGACCACCCCUCCGUCAGUCAGUCGAGGCCCUCUGAGCCCCCCUCCCCCACCCAGCUAGCCAGCACCCAGCUACACCUCUCAUCUCCUAAGAAUAAUAAUAAUUGGAUUGAUAGAGCACUUCUCCAGACACUCAAAGUUCUUUACAAUGUAAGGAGGAAACUCAUCCAAGAACUACAAAUAUGUAGCUCCUAUCCAGAUGAUGCCAUGGCAGACAUAAACCUGUAUUCUCCCAUCACCUCUUGCCCCUAUACUCAACAAUAUGAUAUCCCUAUGACUGGUGUCCUCCAUGAUGGGUCACUAUGAGUUAACUUUAACCCUUGACCUCCCAACGCCCUGGUCUUCCAGACCUGGCACUGUGACUGACUGCAGUGCCUGAGGUAUUCAGUAAGAUGUGAAAGUUAAGAUUUACCGGGACUGCAGCACUCUGUCCUGGAAACCAAGACGAACAAUGAGAUGUUUCACCUGUAUAAUACCACCUGUCAAUGACUUCAUGUUUGCUGACAAAGUCAUAACUGCUGGGAGUUAGUUGCAGAAUACAUUUUGUUUGGUCGUAAAGCAGCUAAAUGUUUUUGUUGUCGGUGUGUUUCACAAAUGCAAAAAAAAAAACUGUUUACAAAUUCAGCUGUAAAAGAGUCAAAAUGAUGGAACACUUAUUGUUGCCCUGUAUGUGUAUUUUGUUGAAACAUGCAACACCAUAGAAGCCCAGCCUUGGUCCAUAAGGAUUGUCAAAUAUUGAUGAUAAUAAUAAUAUCUCCAAAAAUCUCAAAUAUUGUCUCCAAAAUGGAUAUUAGUUAGAACGCUUUUUUUGUAAGCACUUUUCAGCAGGGUCCAAUUUCAACAUGUUCUCAUAGAGAACUGUAGAGGAACAUUUUGCAUUUCAGUUUACUUCCUGAAUUGAAAUGGAAGAGACCCCAAGUCUUGCAUUUCAGAUGUGAUUUCAAUAUCCAGUCCAGUUAUUGUCUGUACAGGGAAUAUGUAUUUUAUAUAACUUUUUUUUUCUUCUUCUUUGUAGCGAAAUAGACACAUUUAUGUUGACACGACGUCUGAAUGACCCGUGUACUUUGUCUGGUUUACUUUAGGGUGUCUUUUUUUAUUAUUUUUUUGAAGAGUACAUUUUAUAUUCUUCUGAAGCAGUCCUCCAAAACAUUUUGGUUUUUUUUGUGGUUGACACCAUUGUUUCAAAGAGCUCAUCUGUUCAUUAAAUUCUAUUACGUUCACUUGAAGUCA